CUUUCGCCCAGCAACCUUUCUUUUCCCAGUAAUCCUCCAUGCCAGCGAGUCGAAAGUCGCGGGCGACGGGCCCGCCACCACCGUCAACCACAUUGGUGCUCGACAAUGGCGCCGAUACAAUCAAGGCCGGAUUUGUGACCGGCGGCAAGGCCGAUGACGCCCCGCGUAUCAUCCCCAAUUGCCUCGCCCGAGAUCGCCACAGGAAAACGUAUGUCGGCUCCGAACUGGAGAAAUGCAGAGAUUUCGGCGAGAUGGCCUUCCGGCGGCCGGUAGAGAAGGGCUUCAUAGUGAACUGGGAGGCGCAGAAAGAGAUCUGGGACCGCGAAUUCUUCGACGAAAAUGCACCGCAGAAGUGCGACCCGUCUGAAGCUCGACUGGUACUGGCAGAGCAACCAAACGGUCUGCCAGCCCUGCAGACCCACUGUGACCAGAUGGUGUUUGAGGAAUUCGGCUUCGCAAGCUACUACCGUGGCAUCGGCCCCUCUUUCAACGCGUACCGGGACAUUCAAGCCAUCUUCCACACGCCAAGGACGCCGGAUACCCCCGUCGACGUGCCUGCCGAGGUCAUACUCCUGAUCGACUCGGGCUACUCCCACACGACCGUCACGCCGAUCCUACAAGGCCGCCCGCUCCACCCAGCCAUCCGGAGGCUGGACGUGGGGGGCAAGUUCAUGACGAACUAUCUGACCCGCUUGCUUUCCGUCCGGCACUUUGAUAUGCGCAACGAGACGUUCAUCGCAAACGAGAUGAAAGAGGCAGUCUGCUAUGUCUCGCUGGACUUCAAAGGCGACCUGGAAAAGACUUGGAAGGGCACGCGGGGCGAGCGACGCGAGGACUUUGUGAGCGGUGCUGGGAUCGCAAAAGACUACGUUCUUCCGGAUUCUCACACGACCUUCCACGGAGUUGUCCGCGAUUACGACCCCGGCGGCGCCUCGUCCCGUGGCCGCAAGGCAGCGGUGUCCACCGAAGAUGUCCUAACGCUGCGAAACGAGCGCUUCGUGGUUCCCGAGCUGCUGUUCAACCCCUCCGAUGUCGGCUUGAGCCAGCCUGGUCUUGCCGACUUGGUGAUGCAGUCGCUCUCGGUCUUGCCCAUCGGCCUGUGGCCGGGGCUCCUCGCGAACAUCGUUGUUGUGGGCGGGAACGCCAGGCUGGAGAAUUUUAUCCAGCGACUGCAGAUGGAGCUGUUGGAACGCGUGCCCGAUGAGUGUGUCGUCCGAGUGGCGUGCCCGGAGAACCCCGUCAUUAGCACCUGGUUGGGGGCGGCCAACUUUGCCCGACAUGAACACGUUGAGCGGCUGGCGGUGACUAAGCAGGAGUACGAAGAAUAUGGGGCUGGCUGGGUAGCCCGGAGGUUUUCCGCAGGCCUCGGCGUUGAUACCUGACGCGACUCCUGGCUUAUGCGCUGGCCAAUCAUGCCGGUCGUUACCUUAGCUGUUCGACUUGGGCUCUGACGAUUGACUCAGUGCACGUAGAUUCAUAUGAGCGGGGGUUGGGCUGGGCACCGCCCUUCAUCGCUGUGCUUGGAUAACAGUUGGCGUGACCUCUUUCCAACC